AUGUCAGCUACGUCAGCAGACGGCAAGCCAAUUGAUCCCAAGGAGAAUCUCCGGCGCAUGGCCGCUGGUGAGCUAUACUAUGCCUUUACGCCGGAUUUGAUUGCGGCCCGCAAUAGGGUCGAGGUUGCCUACAAGCGCUUCAACAGGGCAGAGGAUGCUUCUCGCCGAGAGCUGGCCGAACUUUGGAACGACGUUACCCAGGACAAGACCCCUCUGCCACCGGCGGCACCCACAGAAGAGGAAGACGAGGAGCUUCUCCAGGACCUUGCCUGGGUAGACCGACCCAUUGGAAAGAUUGACUACGGCUACAACAUCAAGCUCGGCAAGAACGUCUACAUCAACAGCAACAGCGUCUGGAUAGACACGUGCACCAUUUCCAUCGGGGACCGCGUCAUGGCCGGGCCCAACGUCAGCUUCUACUCGGGAACGCACCCGGUCGACUACCGCGUCCGGAACGGCACGCGCGGCCCGGAGAGCGGGGGGCCCAUCACCGUCGGCGACGACUGCUGGCUGGGCGGCAACGUGACGAUCCUGGCGGGCGUCACAAUCGGUCGCGGCAGCGUCAUCGGCGCCGGCAGCGUGGUCACAAAGGACGUCCCGCCCGAGUCAGUGGCGGUGGGAAACCCGGCGCGCGUCAUAAAAAAGGUCGACACGUCCAAACCUCCUCAGUAUCAGUAG